AUGGAGCUGAUGAGUUUGAUACCAGGUCUGGAGGCGAGCGAACAGAAGCACUUGCGCGACCGACAGGAGCCAGUGAUAAGGCACGUCUGCAGGCAGCCUCCCGAAGAGGAUAUAGUGGAGAGCUACAUGAAAAGUGGUGACCUGUGUUCGCGACUGAACCGUUACUUCACGCGGAAGCGCAUCUUGUCGCCAACUCAAUACUACGCUCAGACGUGCUUGAAGAGCACGAGCGCCGUCAAGUACGAGAUCAGCAACCACUUGCAAAACUUCCCUCGCAUGAUUCACCCCUUCAGCUCUCUGAGAAACUUUUGGGACGUGACCAUGAUGCUGUUCACGUUAGCCGCUCUACUGAUGACGCCCUAUCUCAAUACUUUCUUCUUCGACGAGGAGAUGGAAAGCUUGCCCUACAUCCUGCUCAUCGACUUCGUGCUGCUGUUCGACGUGUGCCUGGCCUUCUUCACGGGCUACUACGACGUUCGCACCAAGAGCGUCACGCUGGACCCACGAGUCGUGCUCAGGAAAUACUUCAAGGGCAGCUUCUUACUGGACCUACUGUCGGCGCUGCCUGUCGAGCUGUUCGACUUUCUGGCUCACGGCCGUGGUCGCCACCACGUCAACUGGUAUUGCUCGGCCUUCAAUCUCAUGAAGGUCUUUCGGAUGCGCAACCUCCUGCACUACGUACACCACUUGCAAAAGUCGUACCACCUGACGUUCCACCGGGUCAAGAUCCUCGAGCUGAGCCUCGUAGUGGCCAUCAGCGUGCACUGGUCGGCGUGCCUGGUCUACUACGUGCCGAUGCUCGUCGGCAGGUUCGGCAGCACCAGCGCGUGAGUCCGCGAGUCGAAUUUUGCCGGCGCGUCAUCGCAGUCCUGGAUACUGAGCGCGAGCAUGAGGGAACGCGACACGCGACUGAAGAAGUACAUCCUGUGCCUGAACCGCGCCACGACCUCGCUGGUGAGCUCGGCGCACUACCUCGACGUGAGCAGCACCGAGGACAUGGCGAUGAACCUGGCGCUCGCGGUCCUCGGCAAAGUCGGAUUCAUCUACUUGCUCGCCCAGUUCCUGCAGUUGAUGGCGAGCCUCCACUCGUCGAACAAGGAGCGCACCAAGCUGCUGCAGCAGCUGCACGAGUACAUGCAGUUCAAGGAGCUGCCGCGUGACACGCGCGAGCGGCUGCUCGUCUACUGCGACUACUGCUACAACAGGAACUUCAACGGGGACAAGCGCAUACUCGCUCAGGUGUCCGAGCCGCUGCGCGAGGAGCUGAUCUUGCACACCUACGUGCAACUGCUGGACACGGUCGAUCUGCUGAGCUGCCUGCCGCGGGCGGCCGUCGUCAAGCUCGUCAACUACAUCAGGUCCCAGAUCUACCUGGCCGGCGACACGAUAGUCAAAGCCGGGACGCCCGGCGAGGCGAUGUACUUCCUCGGCAGCGGCACCGUUGCCGUCUACACCUCCUUGGGCAAAGAGGUCUGUCACCUGGAGGACGGCUCCUACUUUGGCGAGAUAGCCCUGGUGAUGGAGAACGAGCACCGCGUCGCCAGCGUCGUGGCCAUCGAGACGUGCGAGAUAAUGAUCGUGCCGAGGGAAGCCUUCCAGCAAGUGAUAGCGCCCUACCCGAGUCUCCUCGCCCGACUGCAGCGGGUGGCGCUCGAGCGCCUCGAGAAGACCUUGCUCCUCGACGAGAUUUUCAGGCUGGAAGACCCGCGCCCGCAUUACAUCAACAUUAGCAACAUCACGGGUAAAAGGAGGGACGAGUGA